AUGGAGAUCCAGAUGCAUCCAGAGGCAGAGCUCUGUUUUCCAGAGCUACCGAACAGUUCCUGCAGGAAGCCGACACUUCACUGGUCCAAAACGGUGCUCCUGAACGUUGGGCUUUCGUCCAUCUCUGUGAUCACUGCUGCUCUUAAUCUGCUCAUCAUCAUCUCAGUCUACCACUUCAGGCAGCUCCACACUCCCAGUAACAUCCUCCUCCUCUCUCUGGCUGUCUCUGACUUUUUUGUGGGUUUUCUGUUGCUGCCGGUAGAAAUCUUCAAAAACACGGCCUGCUGGGUAUUUGGUGAUCUCAUGUGUUCACUUUAUAUUUAUCUGAGCGGCAUUCUUAUGAAUGCUUCAAUUGAAAUUAUUGUUUUUAUAUCAGUUGACCGCUAUGUGGCUAUUUGUGACCCUCUGCAUUACCCCACCAGAAUCACUGUGACACGAGUCAAACUCAGUGUUUGUCUGUGUUGGUUUUAUGCUAUUUUCUACAUGAGUCUUUACACAAAGGAUGUCUUGAUAAAGCCAGGCAGGUAUGCUUCCUGCUAUGGAGAGUGUGUGUUUUUUAUUGAAGAUAUAACUGGAACUGUUGACAUUGUUUUAUGUUUUUUUGUUCCAGUUAUUAUCAUCAUUGUUCUGUAUACAAGAGUAUUUGUAGUGGCAGUGUCUCAGGCCCGUGCCAUGCGCUCUCAUGUUACAGCUGUCACACUUCAGCGUUCAUUGAAUCAAUCAAACAAAUCUGAGCUGAAAGCAGCCAGGAACCUUGGAGUUCUUGUAAUUGUGUUCCUGGCAAGUAUUUGCCCAUUUUACUUCUACUCUCUUGUUGACGGCAAUGUGGUCAAAGCUUCAUCUGCGACUUUUUUGAUCAUUGUUUAUUUUAACGCUUGUUUAAACCCACUGAUCUAUACCCUGUUUUACCCCUGGUUUAGAAAUGCUGUUAAACUUAUUAUCACCCUGCAGAUAUUCAAGCAUAACAAUGCUUACAGAGCACAGGUGAAAGCCCUGACAUCAUGGUGCCCAGAUAACAACCUGCUGCUCAACGUCAGCAAGACAAAGGAGCUCAUUGUGGAAUAUAAGAGACUGCAGGGCAGCAGGAACACUCCUUUUGACAUUGAGGAAACAGAGGUGGAGAGAGUCACAUGCUGCAGGUUCCUGGGGAUUAACAUUAAUGAGGAUCUGAGCUGGUCACAUCAUAUUGAUGUGAUCACAAAAGCAGUGAGACAGCGGCUCUUCUUUCUGCGGUGGCUGAGGAGGUUUGGCAUGGAUUAG